AUGAGUCUCAAGCGCCCUCACGAUAGCGCAGAGUCGAGCAAGAAGAAGUCGCGCUCAAGCGCGAAUGGACCCGCGAGCAAGGUCAGAGGUCAGACCUCCCAUCAACGACCGGCGGUUACACCCGCUCCCGCUCGAGCUCCAGAAGCUGAUUUUCCUCGCGGAGGCGGUAGCGGCUUGACCCCUUUGGAACAUGCUCAGGCACUGCGAGAAGGCCGAGCUGAAAGAGCAGCAGCUGCGGAUUUGUUCACCGAGAACAGCAAGAAGAAGAAGAGCAGCAGCAGCAGCAGCGCCUCGAGCGCUGUCAACGCUAAUGGAUCGACUCGAGGAAAGAAGCAGGGAGAGUCGGAUGAGGCUGCAAAGGCGAGAAGACGGAAGGAGUGGAGAGAGAUGCGAAAUGCGAAAAAGAAAAAGAGUCUGGUGUUGGAUCACACGAGGCCAGGCGCUGCUGCAGAUGCUGAUGAGGAGGACCGCACCAGAGUGGAGCAUCUCAACUACAAGGUGAGUUGAUGGCACAGACGAGCGCGCCUGAGGAGACAAGGACAUGUCCAACCAACACUCUGGCUCAUCUUGUCCCCCGCCCUGUAGCGACUCUCACCGGGCUCCAGAAUGCUCUGCACUGUGCUCGCUGUGCACCCUCUUGCUCUAAUCGUCUCGCUGCCCAACCAGCUUCUUGGGCACAUUCCUCUCACCAACAUCUCUUCCAUCCUUAAUGAGCGUCUAAAGGCGGCAGCUGAGGAGAGCGAUGAUGAGGAGAGCGACGAGGAAAAAGAUAGCGAAGACGAAGACGCGCCACCUCAGCACUUGCGUUCGGAUAGCGAGGACACAUCAGAAGAUGGUAGCGCUGAAGGCGCAACGAGUGCAAGUAAAGGGUUGCCCGAGCUUCGUGAUCUCUACAAGGUUGGGGAUUGGCUCAGGGUGUACGUGGUAGCUAUCAAGAGCGCAGGUGCAAAGUCGUUAGGAAGGGAAGGGCAAGAGUACCAACGAGAUGCGGGGCGUGUAGAGCUCAGUCUAGAUCCCGCUCUCCUCAAUGAUGGCAUUACACCGCAAGAGGUGCUGCCGAGCGCACUGCUCUCCAUCGCUCUCAAGACCAAGGAAGACCACGGAUGGACUCUGGACUCUGGUAUUGCCAACCUCUCCGGCUUUGCUGCGAUUUCGGAUGUGCCCGCCAGUGCCCAGGUGGGCCAAGUCUUCACCGCUAGCGUCAAAGAGUUUCAGAAGGGCUCAAGAGUCUUCACCGCUACUUGCCAUCUGAACGAAGUCGGAAAAGCGAUGCUAGGCGCCGAAACGGCCCCUUCGCUCUCCAUGCUCGGACCCGGCAUGCUCGUCUCGGCUCUCAUUACCCAUGUGGAUGAUGAUGGUUUGUCCGCCAAGCUGUGGGGAUUGUUCAACGCUUCUAUAGAUGCUGCUCAUCUACCGCUUCCACCCAACAAGACGAUGGAGCAGGCAUACAAGAUUGGCUCCAAAAUCAAGGCUAGGGUACUUUGGGAUCUGGGACCCAACGCUGUGGGGCAAGAUCCGGCAGAUGACCAAGACUCUGCUGAAAAGCAGGGCGGAAGAAAGUUGGCGCUCAGUCGUGCGCCGCACGUGCUUGAGCUCAAAGCCCCUCCCGGUCUGGAAGGAUAUCCGAUGGGUACGAAAUUUUCGGUAAAGGUCGCGCAUGUGGACAAGGAGUGGGGACUGUCGUGCGAGAUUGUCGAUGGUGGCAAGAACGCACCCAAGACCUUUGUGCACAUCAGUCGAGUUUCCGACGACCACGUCGUUGGUUUGUCGGCAUCUUCUGGACGCUGGAAGGAAGGGAGUCUGCACGAAGCUAGAGUAAUCGGACACGCGCCCACGGACGGCAGAUUGUUGCUCUCUUUGCAAGCGAGCGUGCUCAAACAUACCUUUAUGCGCGUAUCCGAGCUCGCUGUUGGCUCGGUGCACAAGGCUACGGUGGCUAGCAUAGGACCAGGAGGCAAUGCCAUCUUCUUAGAUCUGGGAGGCACCACGCACGGAGUCGUUUUUCCUCUGCAUUUUGCUGAUGUGCCUCUUCGCAAACCGGAGAAAAAGUACAAAGCGGGCGCGGUUGUGAAGACGAGGAUCAUUGGCGUGGAUCCUACUCGCAACCGCAUCAGCUGCACGCUCAAGAAGAGCUUGGUCUCGUCGGACUUGCCCAUGAUCGCCGCGCUGCAAGAUGCUAGGGUAGGUGUCGUCACUGUAGGAACGGUCUCGAGAUUCUUGGAACCAAGGGCCAGUACGAGCAGUGCUGCUGGCAAUCCGACCGCUCUGCUAGUCGACCUGCUGGGCGGGCUUAGAGCGCUGGUGCCUGGUGCUGAAGCCAAUGACGGAACGAGCUUGAAUAGCUCGGGCACGUCCCUCAGAUCUACCUACUUUGAAGGCAAAGUGGUCAGACUCAGAUUAACGCAAGUUGACUACUCUACCGGACGAAUCACUGCUUCUAUCCGACAGGCGUCUCCCAGCUACUUGGCUAGACUCGAUGUGGACGCCGUGUCGCUUGGCGACAAGGUCCAAGCGCGCACGGCAGCUGUUCAUACGGACGUCGUCGUACUCGAAUUGCUACCUUCGCGCACGAGAGCGCUCUUGAGCUUGCAAGCUCUUGCGCAGGAGCGCUCCAAGGACGUGGAGCAAGUCAGAUCGGAACUGCAAGAAGGUGAAAUCAUUUCUGAUCUGGUCGUGGUGGACAAGAACAAGGACAAAGGUCUCGUCAUCCUCGGUAACUCUUCCGCCAGACCCAAGUCGUCCUCUUCCGGUGUCCGGGAAGGCUCAAUUGUCAGCGGGAUGGUCGUCGCUAGGGGGAGGGAGCCUAAUGUCGCUUCAAUACUUCUACCGAGCGAUGUCAUGGGCAGUCUGCACGCUACUGACUGCCACGACGAGUUUCAAGAGGAUCCGCUCCCGGAACACAAAACGAAAGUGGAGGUGGUAGUGCUGGGACUGAGAGGCAAGGACAAGAAGCGUGCCAUCGUGUCCAUGCGACCAUCAGAGCUGGCCAAAGCUCGUGUGUCGGGUGCCGCAGAUGCCAGCUCUGCACGUGACCUUGCCUCGGAAAGCUUGGCGUCCAUCAAGGAGGGAGAUCAACGAAAAGCAUACGUCAAGGCUAUCGCUAAUUCUGGCCUGUUCGUCGAGCUGGCCAGAAAUGUUACGGCGAGAGUGUUAAUCUCGGAACUCUUUGAUGAAUACGUGCACGAGUGGAAGUCUAGUUUCAAAGUAGGCCAACUGGUAUCUGGCACGGUGACUAGGUGAGCGUUCAGCGGGGGAACUGCAACAGGUCGAUUGGUCUGACUGCCCUUCCCCCUCUUUUCCCUUUGCCUUGGAAUGAGCAGUAUCGACCCUGAGACGCAUAGAAUGGAAUUUUCCCUCAAGUCGGAACCGGGCAGCAGUGCAAAGAGCAGAAAGGAUGCCGCGGCUCGCAAGGAAGCGCAGUCUGUCGAGAAGCUCAGCUUGCAGGACCUGGAGGUGGGACAAAAAGUGGACGGCUUUAUCCGCGCGGUGGCCGAAUUCGGCGUUUUUGUGCAGAUUGAAGGGACGCGCAUCAGUGGGCUUGCGCACAAGACCGAGGUGAGUUUUUAUCCCUGGCGGGCAAGAAAUUUGUUGCAUGUCGCGUUGCGUCGCGUCGCGAGAUGUGCAGGCUGAUGAUGCACCGUUUUCGGCAAUGGCGAUCGUUUCUUAGUUGUCCGAUAACAAGGCGGCAGACGCUCUCAAGGCUUUUAGCGUCGGGGACAAGGUCCGCGCAGUCGUGCUCAAGAUCGAUUUGCCCAAGUCGCGCAUCUCUUUUGGUCUCAAACCUAGCUACUUUGACGAGGCAGACUACGAAGAAGAAGAAGAGCAGCAGGAGGAGGAAUCAGAAGAGGAGGGCGAUUUUGAGGAUGGCUCGAGUGAUGUCGAGAUGGACGGGGAAGCAUUCUUGGCCAAGCUGCAGGCUGAGGACGACUCGGAUGAUGACGAGCGCCUUGAGCUGCACGCGGAUGAAGAAGACGAUGAAGAGAUGGUAGGCAGCGGAGAUGCGUCAGAUAGCGACAAGAGCGAUGACGAAGAGGAUGACAGCAGCGAGGAGGAGGAGCUUAGUUCUGAGGCCGUCAGCGGUCAGACGGUGGUGGACGACGAUGAAGAAGAAUCCUUCUCCGCUUCCGACGUGGACCCUGCUGCCAAGUCCAUGCAAGCAAAGCACAUCGUGCCAGCCCUAGAGCUUGCUGGAGGCUUCAGCUGGUCAGUGCCACAAGAUGGUGCCCAGCUGCCUGGGCAGCCCAUCUCUGGUUCUGAAGACAGCGAUCAGGAUAGCGAGGACGACGAAGGCGAAUCUGCCGAGGAUGAUGCGGCAGCAAACGGCACCAAAGAAAAAGGCCAGCCAAAAAAGAAGAAGAAGAGCAAGAAGGCUGCUGCUGGACAAGAAGACUUGACUGCUGAUCUUGCGACCAAGCAGCCAGAGUCGACUGCCGAUUUUGAACGAAUGCUUUUAGGCUCGCCACACUCCUCUUAUCUCUGGAUCCAAUUCAUGUCUUUCCAAUUGCAGCUGUCCGACGUGGAGAAGGCGCGGGAGGUAGCACGACGCGGCCUAAAGGUCAUUUCUUUCAGAGAAGAGCAAGAAAGGCUCAACGUAUGGAUCGCCCUUCUUAAUCUGGAAAACGCAUAUGGAACGAGCGAGACAUUGGACACGGUGUUCAAGCAGGCUGCUCAGGCUUGCGAUGCCAAGACCAUUCAUCUGCGAUUGGCCGCAAUCUUGGAACACAGCGAGAAGCAUGAGCAGGCGGAAGAGCUUUGGCGCAGGACUGCCAAAAAGUUUGGCUUUAGCUCCAAGGUAUGGGUAGGCUGGGUGCAAUUCUACCUCAGAAGGGGACGCGUCGACGAUGCUCGCGGCUUGAUCCCUCGAAGUAUGCAGGCUCUGGAGAAGCGAAAACGUGAGUUGGGAUGUGCAGCGCGAAGAACAUCCCAUGAGGAAUCGCUGAAAUGCUAUUGCGGUCUGCAGAUGUCAAGACGAUACAAGCGAUUGCGAUGUCGUGUUACAAGCUUGGCGAGCCUGAACAGGCUCGAACCAUCUUCGAAGGUCUGGUCGAUAGCUAUCCUAAGCGUUUGGAUCUGUGGCUGGUAUACAUUGAUCAGGAGGCCAAGCUGGAGGAGACGUCUACCGUUCGGUAAGUGCGCGGUCCAGGCUGCACUGGUCUGCUUAAGCCAGAUCGUGUCACUGACCCGACAUUCUACCCAUUUGCGCUCAGGUCGCUCUUUGAGAGAGUGCUGGCUUUGAGACAAAGCUCAAAGAAAGCGAAGUCUGUCUUGAAGAAAUGGCUCGCCUGGGAACAAUCGAUCGGGAGCGCCAAGGGAGAACAGGCUGUUCUCAAGCGCGCUCGCGAAUGGGCACAGCAGCUGCAGAGCAAACGUCAAGUUGAAGGCGAAGCGGACGCAGAUCAGAUGAACGUCGAUGACGGUGCGGAUAGCGAUGCGGAGAGCAUGGGACAGUGA